GCAUCGAGCGCCACCCCUGGCUCAGUACUUGCAAAGCUUCUACUGCAGUGUAUUGUACACUUGUCAAAUUCUGGAGCGGUUAUUGAUGCAGUGACAUGUGAUAAUUCGACAACCAAUCGGUCAGCCUUGAGGUCCCUAGGUAAGUAUUUAACAACAUACGACUUGUGCUGCAGGCCAGCCAGGAAGAUUUAAUUUUAUUAGUCUCACAUUUCUAUGCAGGCAUUCGUGGCGACAUCAGAGACAAAUGAGUGUCAUUUCUGCACCCAUGUGACCCCUCUAGGAUGAUUUAUACUGUCAUUGAUCCACCGCACAUAUUUAAGUGUAUUAGGAACAACCUGCAGAAAGUUGGGAAGUUUUUGCUGCUACAAGGCCAGGAAGUAUAUCAUCAUCAUUAUGCGGAACUCCUGGAAUACGAAGAGCAGCAAUCUGGACUGCGUGCUGUGCCAAAGCUCACAAAGGCACAUAUAUACCCAAAUGCUUUCCAGAAAAUGAGCGUCAAACUUGCUGUUCAGGUAAGGUACUUUAUGUUCAGGUACUAUUAGGACAUGAAAAAUUGCUUUUGCACGUUACCCACAAAGAAAUGUGACAAAAAAAUGCUUAUUUCUAGUUGUUCAGUGAAUCCACAGCUACGGCCAUGGAAUUCUACAGUGAGCAGGAAGCAUGCAAAAAGCUCCAUGGGUCUGCAGCAACAUGUGAAUUCACCAGGAGGAUGAACAAAUUAUUUGACUGCUUGAACUCUUGGAGGCCUGAGCAUGUGCAGUACAACGAAGCUGAACAUGUUGCUAGAUUUUUUGGCAUUGUCAGACAUGUUGCUGGAGAUGGAGGACAGCCAACGGUCCAGCAAUUCCUAUUUAUAUAUAGGAUGCUUUCUGUGAAGAAUCUCGUGCAGCCGCCCAAGCGAUCCUCAGUAGCUGGAGAUGGUCCGCAACUGCUCCUCAAGCUGCAAGAUGUGUUCAACAAAGAAAAGCCUACUGCCUGUCAUGCUGACUCUUUGGCUAUUCUUCUGGAUGAAGUCCUCUUGGAACCUGCAGAAACCGCGGAGGAGGCUUCAGUUCUGCGCCAUCAGCAGUCUCCAAAAGAAUACAUAAUGGAUUAUCUUGCUGGCUAUGUCGCAAAGAAGUUUUCAUCAUUGAGCUGCUCGAGCUGUGUUGGAACAAUGAGAAGUUUGGAACGAGCGGCAACUGGCCUGAUUCUUGCCAAAUCCAGAGGUGGUCUACAAGUGCCCUCCAGCCAGCUAGUCGCUCUCCUCCAAAUUGUGGAAGAUCAUUUGGAAAUGUACACAGUUGACAAAACUGCCUGUUCUGAUGUGUACAUGAAUAUUGUGGAGAAUGUUUUGAUGGACAGUCGUACUGCUACAGCUGCUGUUGGCUGCAAAUCGCACUUCAUAAGCACAACUGCAGAAGUAGUUCAGUUUUUUCUUAAGACCCGCUUGCAUUUUUUCACAAGAGAAAAAAACAAGCAGAUGCAAGCAAAGGGACGAGCUUCAUGUCCAGCAGGGGGUGGUAGGAAACCAACCAGUUGAAGGGGUACCAGUGAAAGGGGCGCAGUAGGAAUCACGAUUAUCGUGUAAAGGCGACCACUUACAAAAAAUUGCAAUGCUGAUGAAGGAGAACAAGGGUGUUGCAAGGUCUGAUGAGGGCAUUGAUGAUAAAACACAUUUGUUUCAUGCUUUGUUGCAACCUCAAUUUGUGUUAUGCUAGUGUAGCGUAGUUCACAUAACAACAAUAGCGCCUUCACCGCGACAAUCUAUGAAAUGUAUAACACUAGAAUUCCUUUAAAUGCAAGUGUUAACAACAGAAUAAUAUGCAUUGUUUUAUUUUCCAUUGUCCUUUAGGCUAUUGAUGGGCUACAAUUCUUCAAUUGCAUGUACUUUUAAGUAUAUCAUCAUCAUCAGCCUAUAUUUAUGUCCAGUGCAGGACGAAGGCCUCUCCCUGCGAUCUCCAAUUACCCCUGUCUUGCGCUAGCGUAUUCCAACUUGCGCCUGCGAAUUUUCUAACUUCAUCACCCCAUCUGGUUUUCUGCCGUCCUCGACUGCGCUUCCCUUCUCUUGGUAUCCAUUCUGUAACCCUAAUGGUCCACUGGUUAUCCAUCCUACGCAUUACAUGGCCUGCCCAGCUCCAUUUCUUUCGCUUAAUGUCAACUAGAAUAUCGUCUAUCCCCGGUUGAUUACUAUUUCGAACGAAAGUACCUUGACUGUUUUGGGAACUGUACAGGUCAGUAUAAAUUCUUCCGCUGCUUUUACUAUGUCAUCUAAAUUACUGAUGAUAUUACCAUGCUUAUCUUUCAGUGCAUACAUCUUGCCUUGUCUUAUGCCAAGCUUUCUUCUUACUGAUUUCUUGCUGCGUCCAUAUUUUACGGCUUCCUCAAUCUUUCCCACGUUAUAAUUUCGAAUAUCCCUUAUUUCUUCUUGUUGAUCAGUUUUGACAGUUCAGCGAAUUCUGUCUGAUCUCUUGAGUUGGACACUUUCAUGUUUUGUCGUUUCUUUAUUAGGUCCUUCGUUUCUUGGGAGAGCUUCCCUACUGGUUGCCUCAGUGCCUUACCUCCCACUUCAAUUGCUGCUUCUGAGAUCAGCCUAGUUACGGUUUCAUUCAUUACCUCUAUGUUAUCUUCAUCUUCCUGUUCUAAAGCUGCAUAUUUGUUUGCGAGCACCAGCCUGAAUUGGUCUACUUUCACCCUUACUGCGUCUAGGUUGGCCUGUUUCCUCCUUACUAAUUUCACUCUUUCUCUCUUCAAAUUGAGAGAAAUCCUAGACCUCACUAACCUAUGGUCACUGCACUUUACCUUACCUAACACUUCUACAUUCUGCACUAUGCUUGGAUCGGCAGAGAGUAUGAAAUCUAUUUCAUUCCUUGUUUCUCCAUUAGGGCUUUUCCAGGUCCACUUCCUGUUGCUGCGCUUCCUGAAGAAUGUGUUCAUUAUUCGGAGCCUAUUCCUUUCUGCGAAUUCUACCAACAUCUCUCCUCUUGCAUUCCUAGAAUCGAUAUAUAUAUAGUAUAUAAGCAGCUAUAAGUAAGGAGGUUAUUAGCACACUGUUGUUAGCUAUAUUUGCAUUAUGAUUUGUUGAGCAAGUUGUCUGUGCGUGUUUAAGUAACAGCUGAAGAAGUGGAAUGGUGGUAUCUCUAACCAGCCAUUCUUUUUAAAUUGCUGUAUUUGUGAUGUGGCUACUUGUGUUCGUUUGAGAGUUGUUUUGCCAUGUGUUAUAAAAUGCCUAUGCUUUACACUUUCUUGUUUAUAGAAACAAUCUUAUGCAUUGUGCAUUUAUUGCCAUUCGUUUGCUGGUGUUUGUUUCCUGCCCCUUAAUACAUAUCUCUCACGUUUGAUGUUUUUUUAUUUAUGCUUAUUAUAUCAGAUUAUUAUAUCUUUUAUAUCAGUGCUUUUAGCAACUUCUUGCAUUGUGAAUGGUGGAACAUUCAUGACCGGACACCUCUUUGUGCUGUUUGUAUUUCGCUCCACUUAUUUCACAUGAUAAAUAAAUGAUCAUGCUUGUAUGUUGUUUUUGCACCAACACGUUUUAUUUCUUUUCUUAAUCGAAUUAUAAAGCAGUUUCUUUUAAUUUUUCGACCAUGAUAAGAAUGUAAAGACCGGUGAUUACAACAUUUUAACAUCCUGUAAAUAGUUGUGCAUUAAGAAACAAAAUACCUAGUCUCAUCGUUUCUGCGUCGAAACCACGAGCAGCUUGAAUAAGUGCUGGGCUUACUGACGCUUCUAAAAGACUGCUUGCUAAGGCAAUUGCCUAAUUACAAUACAGCUAGUCUAAACUGUGCAGGUCCUAACACUUCACGUUCGCCUUAAUCCGUUGCUAAAAGCCGCACCGAAGACAUUUAGUAGUGAAUUUUGUCUUGCAUUUAUCCUACCUAAAUCUCAUUCAGAAAUGGCAUCGUUUUGCAGAGAAAUCUGAAGCGCACGGAGCACCUCAAUUUCCUUUUCAUUGUCAUUAAGUAUUCUACAGAAACAGCCUUUUGCAAUAACAAUUUCAUACUUUUGAUCUCCGGAUAAGAUACUGCCCACAGUUUAACAGAAAGUGAACAGCUGUGCUCGGUGAACAAUCUGGCGCUAUGCGCAACGGAGAGUUGGCGCUUACUUACGGGUGAGCGGGGGUGCAACAGCCCACAUGUUUGCAUCUGGUGAUAAGUG